CAGACUCUUUCCGCGUUCAGGAAAUCGCAUGCGAGAGCCUAUUCAAAUACAUUAGUUUCCUCUCGCAUCGAUCGCACGCAUCUCUCGCACUACCCGCAUCAGGAAAUCGUAUCUCCCUGACAGUCUUCCCGCGUCGUCCUGACGCCUCGCUCGCAUCGCCCGCAUCACCCGCAAGCAUCGCCCGCACCUCUCGCUCGCAUCGCCCGCAGCGACAUCUUUUCGGGAUGCGAGAGAGUUGAAGUUCAGUCAACUUUUCCGUGCGGGCGAUGCGAUUUUGCAGAGGGCAGCACGUCCGCCAUCUUGGAAUGUAAACAAAGACCUAUGUAUAUGCGGCAGUUGUCAAGGUUGUUGUGGAGUUGUAGACAUUUACUAACCUAUGUGACAUUGUUAUAAGUUUAUUGUUAUUACAUUUCAUAUUUUAUCGUAACAGAAAUAUAUCUUUUUUUACUGUGGUGGACUACUUGAAGCGGAUCCGAGGACAAGGGCGGGCGACGAAAUGAAUCCUGAGGACAUAGCGCUCGCAGAGCAGGUGCAGCGGCGGAUCGCUUUAUGGGACAUACGAGACAAAGGUUAUCGUCUAAAGCCCAUCCAAAAGCAACACCUGUGGGCUGAAAUAGCAGAAGAGCUGCACAAGGAUGAGCAAGAGUUAAAGAGGCGAUGGCGCAACAUCCGCGAUUAUUAUCGCUCGCUGCGCCACAGCCGAGCGGCACCCAGCGGCAGCGCUGCGCUUCCACCGCUGACUACGCUCCAACUGGGGUACAUGAGGUACCUGAGCUUCCUCAAUCCAGUGCUGGAGGCUAAAACUACGUGCACCAGCCUGCAGCAGCCCGGCACUACACCGCUGACGCCAGACGAGUCCGCGGCGACGGCCGGGAACUCCUUCGAUAGCAUUUUCGAAUCGGAGCUCCAGACCAACGACUCAACUGGCGACGGUCUGCCGCCCACAGCGGACGACCCAGACAACGUCACCCAGGUAGGCGCCCCUUCUGACGCGCCGCGCCGGAAGGCACGACAGCCGCUGAAGAAGAGGCGGAUUACCGCCGCCGACAGGCUUGAGCAGGAGGUGGCCGAUGCCGUUGCUGAGGUGCGGCAGCUGCAGAACGACAAGCACGAACCGUUUUUGCGCAGCGCUUCUCAGCUCCUCGACAAAAUGGAUGAGGCUGCCUGUGCGCGCUGGAAGGUGAAGGCGUUGGCAGAGCUAACAGCGCUCGCUUACCCACCUUCAGAAGGACAGGAGUAGGACCAGUUGCUUGAUGAGAGCUUGGCUGUGUUGGAGUUUUUUUUUUUUUUUUGUCUGGUACCGUGCAGACCAGGGCAUUAAUCAGGGAUUGGCUGUGCUGUUUGAGUUUUGUUUUGUCCGGUGCCGUGCAGACCAGUGUAUUGAUCAGAGUUCUGCUAUGCUCUUGCAACGAUUAUAAAGCAUCUUUAUAAUCUUUGCAUCUUUAUCACCUUAACCCUUGCAUGUGUAGAGGGUCGGAUGGACCUCCGCAUGGUUUUUCGCGAAUAACUCGCGCAGAAAGCGGCCGAUCGCAACGAAACCUUCAGUACCCUCUAGUUGAUCAAUUUUACACCUACUCUGAAAAUUUCAUGACCCUGACCCAAGUGACCUUUGACCUGUGACCUAUUUCUCGAACCCAUGUUUGACCGGAAUCGCGAUUCGGCGUAUGUCGGCUCACAUUUGCCGCGCGUUUGCAAGCUUCUCGUGGUUUCAAACGUUCAGACAUGUGAUUCGAUGUUGCUCCCAUGCAUUAGAGUGGAUGUCAAGGUCACCUGGAGGUCAGGUCAGGUCAUUGACCUUUGGUGACCUCGGUUCACUUUUUCGAGUUUUACAUGUUUCCAGGCUAGUUUGUUUCCGCCUGUGUUUGCUUCGCUGCGCAAUAUAAGUGCGUUAAUGUUUA